AUGUUCUUCCCUUCAGUCGCCAAGCUGCUCCUCGCAGCUGGCUUCGUCCACUCGGCCUUGGCCCACAACAUCCAGCUGCCCGCCCACGGCCGCGAGUGCUUCCACGAGUCGCUGCACCGCGAUGACAAGAUGACCGUCACCUUCCAGGUCGGCGACCGCGAGUUUGGCAGCGCCGGCAACCUAGACAUUGACUUCUGGAUCACGAACCCCCAAGGCCAGUACGAGACCUUUGACAAGAGUGUCUCCAACGGCGACUUCUCUUUCGACGCGAAGCACGACGGCAAGUACACCUACUGCUUCGGAAACGAGCACUGGGGCGCCCACAGCAAGGAGGUCUCCUUCAACGUCCACGGCAUUGUCUACGUUAGCGAAACCGAUGUCCCUGCCGACCCCCUCGAAGUUGAAGUCCGUCACCUUUCCGAGCUUCUCGCCCAGGUCAAGGAUGAGCAGUCCUACAUUGUCCUUCGCGAGCGCACUCACCGUAAUACCGCCGAGAGCACCAACAGCAGAGUCAAGUGGUGGAACCUGUUCGUCAUUGGUCUCGUCGUUGGAGAGUCCGUCUUCCAGGUGUGGUGGCUUCGCAGAUUCUUCGAGGUCAAGAGGGUAGUUUAA